UCUAAAAUCCCCACACUCAUGUUUCUCUCUCUUAAUCAGCAUCUCACUGUUUUUCACCAUUCAAAAAAGACUAUAAACAUCAUCACCUUAUUCAACCAUUUGGAUUCAUUAGUGUGUUUUUUUCUGUUACUUUCUCUAUUUUUGUAGUUCGAUUUCUUUUUUUUAAUCCUCUCAGGCUUUGUUGUUCUCCGUGUGGGACUGACUGUGGGUGUGCUUCUCCUUUUAUAAUCUCAUCUUUUGAUGUUUUUGGGUCUUUUUUUUUGUCAGUGAAUCAUCGUGUUUUAAGCUUCUCUUUGACGGUUCCAUUGCUCGUUCUCAUCUAUUAAGUGUGCUACUUUUUGUGGUCUCACUCUCAAAGCAAUCCAUCUUUUAUCUUCCUUUCUUUUUUUUCGUCUUUUUAAUCAGGCUUAGCAUUGAAAAAUAACCAAUCCAGAUUUAUUCGAUGGAUUAUCAUUCACUGUGUCCGAUCAAAUACACUGAACAUCGGAAUGUUAUUAGAAAAGUUACUAAACCAUCUUUGGUGAAAUCAAAAAAAUUCUCAGAAGCUACAAAAUCCUCUCAGUUCAAUCCCUCUGUUCCAAGGACUGUUCGAAUUUCUGUCACAGACCCAGACGCAACCGAUUCUUCCAGCGAUGAAGAAGACCUGCUUUUUGGACGGCGACGGGUGAAAAAAUACAUCAAUGAAAUCAGUAUUGAAACUGCCGUCAAGUGUGAAGUUAGCAGUGGAAAUGGCAAAACGGUGAAUAAAAGAGCACCAGAGCCUCUUCAGACUAAGCAGAAGCCAAUGAAAGUUCAGCCUCCUCAAUCGGCUGGUGCUGCUAGGAAGUUCCGCGGUGUGCGUCAACGGCCGUGGGGUAAAUGGGCGGCUGAGAUCAGGGACCCAGCUCGCCGUGUUCGGCUUUGGUUGGGAACUUACGAUACUGCUGAAGAAGCUGCUAUGGUUUAUGACAACGCUGCUAUUAAGCUCCGUGGUCCCGAUGCUUUAACAAACUUCAGCACUCCUGCCAAGGCCGAGCCAGAACCAGAACCAGAGCCAGAGCCGGAAAUCAGUGUUCUGUCUCACUCCGGUUAUGAAUCCGGGAAUGAAUCCCGUAACAUCCCCUCUCCAACUUCUGUUUUACGGUGUACAAUGAGCCAAUCAGAAAGCGGGUCCGGCCAGGUUCAUGUUUCGGAAGAAUGUCCUUCGGUUCAAGGAUCGAUGGAAUGUGAGCAAACGGUUCAAGAGAUUGAACCGUUUGUUCAAUGUGCUGCUGAACCGCUGAUUCCAUCAGCGAUUCAGCAGGACGUUGAGGAAUGUCAGGGCGAGACCAGCAUGAUUCCUGAUUACUCAAGCGAUUACUUGCCAACAGAUAUCCCAUUCUUAAAUGAUUUUUUCAAUUUCGAUGGUUCAGCAGCUGAACAAACGUUACUUGAGGACUCAACUAUGACAUCAGUAACAUCAACAACAACAACAACAACACCAAACGAAUUUGGCGAUUUGUGCAACGAUUCAUUGGAUUUUGGGAAUGAUUUCUUGUUUAACGAUGCUGAUUUCGCUGAAUUCGGCAAUUUUGAUGAUUUGGGUGAUUUAGGAAUGGAUGAUUUUUCUCAAGACAACAGUGUUGUUGAUUAUUCCAGUGUUGAUUCUCUGUUGGCAAUUUGAAUUUCAUUUCAAACACUGUCUCCCGGCUUGCUACUCUUUAGUGGCAAAUUUUGUCUACCGGCGACAGCAACAAAUCGGCUAGAGUUUUAUUUAUUUAUUUAUUUAUUAUUAGUAUUAUUAGUAUAUUAGGAUUAGUAUAAUUUAUUUGUUUUAGAAUCUCCGUGAAAGUGAAUGAAGUGAAGAGUGGAGUUUAUUAUAGAAAACUAUUUUUAUUUUUUUUUAGAAUAAGUAGAGAUGGCCUUGGAAAGAGUUGUAUAAAGAACUCUACACAGACUUUAAAUGAAAAUCUUAUAAUCUUUACUGAAAUUCA